GAUAUCUAUGGUAAAAUCUUGAAGCUCGUGGGCUCGCGGCACGUCUCGACUCCUCUGUGUAUUGCGAAACCGAGAGCAACUACAUUGUAUAUUACAAAUUUUGUUAAUAUAAAUAAUAAAUAUUAUCAACAUUAUGGCAAUGUGUGCUAAGGCUCUUGCUAGGAGCAGUGUUAACUUGUUCACAAAGAAUGUCUUUAAUCAGUUGGUCGUCCAGGCUUCAAGACAACUUUACACACCUAAUUCGAUGGGUAUUAAUGGCUACCUAAAUGCUAGAGAUUAUGUGAAAUCACAGUUUCUGAAUGUGGAGCAUUUAUUUUUUCAAAAAAUGAAAGAUUUUGUUAAUAAGGAAGAUGAUUCAAUGAUUUUUACUGAAGAUUUGAAGACAAUGUUACACAUUGUAGAAAAAAAGCCAGAAGACUUGGAACUCAUGUAUAACAUGAUAAAAAAAUUUAACAAUCAAAAUAAUUUAAGAUUUGGCAGUUUUGUUUUUGGUACUGUUGCAAUGAGAGCAUUCUAUCAUUUGGAUGAACCAGAACUAGCAUUGAAAGCAUUCAAAGAUCCACAGUUGAACAAUUUCUUCGAUCAGAUAAUGACACACCAACUGUUAAUGGAUUUAUUAUAUAAUCAUGGCAAAUAUUCUGAAGUUCGAGAGGUUUAUGAUAUCAUUAAAACAAAAAAUAUUAAUGGAAUCGUUCAUCCUAGAAAUCCAUUUAUUUUAGUUAUGGCAGCAUGUUACAAAGAGAAUUCCAAAGAAAGUUAUCAGUAUGCCCUUAAACUUUUAGAGGAAGUUCAGACCCGUGGCUUUGAUUUACCACGUAGAUCAAUUUCAUUUUUAGCAGCUCUUGCUCUUAAACAAAAUGAUCCUAGUGUAGCUUUGGAAGUUGCUUCAAUAGCUAGAAACAUGAGAUAUAUUGAUAUCAGAUGCAUCAAAGUUUUAGCCUAUGUAGGUCUGAAACGAACAGAUGAAAUAAUGAUACAUUUCCGUAAUACACUACAGAAUGAUAUUCCUACAAGACGCAAACAGAUGUUCUUUAAAGAUACGAUCGAAGAAGUUGAAGCUUAUGUUGAAAGAGAAAAUUUGAGCGAAGUCAGUGAUUUGGCUAAAAUGUUAAAAGAAAUCAAAAUGCAUGAUUAUGUCCAGACAGGGACUUUGGAUGAACAUAUAUGCUCUCCUAUUGAACAAAUGAGAUCGACAGAACAAAGACCUUGGCAGCAAAAUAAUUUUAAUGGUCAACCAAGAUUUCAACAAAAUAGAUUUAGUGUGAAACCAGGACUUAGGGAUGUAAUGUAAAUAAAGGUACCCUGCUAGAAAUAUACGGAUUAUGAAAUCUGUUUAUUUAAGUAUCAAAAUUUUUAACUUCUUUGAUAGGAAAAACAAAAUUUCUUAAUAAUGCCU